GCUCACUCGAAAUGGCUGCGAACAGUGAGGGCAGAGAACUGGCACCUUCAGCUGACAAAGACCCAGCAGAGACCCACAGCAUGGAUCAACCUCCUACGUUAUCUGAACUAAGGAUAGUGCUGGUGGGGAAGACUGGUGUGGGGAAGAGCUCUACUGGAAACACCAUCUUGGGCCAGGAGGUAUUCCAUGUGUCCAGUUCAGCUCAGUCAGUGACCAAGGAGUGUAUAAAGGUCAGAGCAGAGGUUGAUGGCUGUAAAGUGUCUGUGGUCGACACUCCUGGUUUAUUUGACACUGACCUGACAGAAACAGCAGUGAUUAACAGACUGGUUGAAUGUAUCACUCUGUCCUGCCCUGGACCACACGUCUUCCUCGUGGUGCUCAGACUGCGUCACUUCACCAUAGAAGACCACGAGACAGUGAAGAGACUGCAGUGGAUCUUUGGUGAUGAGGCACCUAAAUACACCAUUGUUCUCUUCACUGAGGGGGACCGACUGAAAACCAAGACCAUAGAGGAGUAUUUGGCUACAGCAGAAAACGAGCUGAGUCAAGUAGUGGAGACGUGUGGUGGACGCUAUCAUGUCUUUAAUAACAAGAACAUGGGAGACCGCAAUCAGGUCAUUAAACUGAUGCAUAAGAUCUUUCAAAUGGUGACAGAAAAUGACGAUAGAUGCUACACCAAUGAGAUGUAUGAAAAUGUGGAAAGAGCAAUUCAGGAAAGAGAGGAAUUGCUAAGAAAUAAGAUGGACGAGAGAGAAGAAGAGCUGAGAAACAAGAUGCAUGAAAGAGAGGAAGAGCUGAGAAAUGAGAUGCAUGAGAACAUGGAAAGAGCGAUUCAGGAGAGAGAGGAAGAGCUGAGAAAUGAGAUAGAAGAACUGGCUAAGGUGAAAAACAAGGAAAUAGAUCAGUUAAGCUCAAAGCUUACAGAAAAAGUUGUGAAGGAUGUGAAGAAAAAGAAAAAAUUUUCACAGUUUAUAAAAGUCGCAGAGCAGUGUAAACAACAGUGACAGUGCCUGUCACAACUGGCAGGGAUAAGACAAGUGUGGAUAGUUAAAUGAGGCUUUAUUAAAAAGGGCAAAUCCAAAAGAGUGGUCAAAAACAGGCAAGGGUCUCAAAAUUAGGUAAAGAAACAAAAUACAAAACAUACCAGAGUGGUGAAACAGUCCAGGGUCCGAAUCAUGGCAGAUCAACAUCAGAGGCAAGGCAAAAGUCGCAAGCGGAAGAACGGGCAAAAAGGUCAUACACAGAGAAUACACAAUCAUAACAAGAACGCUUUACAGAGUUGGGACGGAACAUACCAGAGUGGUGAAACAGUCCAGGGUUCGAAGCACGGCAGAUCAAUAUCAGAGGCAAAAUUUCAGCUGCACCUUACACUGUGUUAAGGUUAAUGAUGAAUGGAUGAACAGAAAUGGUUUAAAAUUACUUAGAAAAAUCCUGUUACUUUAACUUCAAUUCCACAAUUCCAAUCAAAUUUCAUCAAAUUUCAUUCUCAUGAAAAGUUAAAACACAAAGUUUUGUUCCAAAAGCAUCUCUCUCUCUCUCUCUCUCUCUCUCUCUCUCUCUCUGUGUGUCUCUCUGUCUAUAUAUAUAAAAUGUACAUACAGUACCUGUAUAU